AGAAAGGGUUGGAUGAAAAGAAAACACCAAAAACAAAAGGCUUCAAAGAGAAGAGUUUUGAGUAAACAAACACUGAAAGGAAUUGAUAGUAAUGAGGAGAAGAAACCUUGAAUUACCUCUCUUCCUUCUCUUCUUCUCUUCUUCUUUGAAAAGUUGGUUCCUUUAUGGGUUCCCCAUAAGAGCCCAUCUCUUCAUCUAUGCAGGCUGUUCUAAUGAGAGAUACCAACAAAAUUCCCUAUUUGAAUCAAAUUUCAACUCUUUGCUAUCAUCAAUGGUGUCCUCAUCUUCCCAAAUGAACUACAAUGGCUAUGCCAUUGCCAAUGACUCCUCAACCCAGCCUGAGGGAGCCAUUUUUGGGCUCUAUCAAUGUAGAGGGGACAUGGCCAUGGCUGAUUGCUCUAAGUGUAUACAGAAUGGAGUGAACCAAGUUCACUUGGCAUGCCCUUAUUCUUAUGGGGCAUCCCUACAAUUGGAGGGGUGUUAUGUGAGAUAUGAGCACUUGGAUUUCUUGGGGAAGUUGGACACUAGUGUGAGGUUCAAGAAGUGUAGCUCGAGCUCGAGUAAUGAUGUCGAGUUCUUUCGAAGGCGGGACGAUGUGCUUGGUGAUAUGCAGGUCGGGGCGGGGAAUGGAUUUAGGGUUAGUAGUUCAGGGUUGGUGCAAGGGUAUGCUCAGUGUUUGGGAGAUUUGAGUUCACAAGAUUGUUCUUCUUGCCUUGCUGAUGCUGUUGGAAAGUUGAAGAGCUUGUGUGGAUCAGCUGCUGCUGCUGAUGUCUUUUUGGGACAGUGUUAUGCUCGCUAUUGGGCUUCUGGCUUCUACCCUAAUUCUUCUGUUUCGUCGAGCGACGACCAAGCGGGAAAGACCAUCGCGAUCAUCAUCGGCGUCGUUGCCGGUCUCGCCAUCCUUGUUGUUCUCCUCUCAGUUUGCAGAAGAGCCAUGGAAAGCUGAGAGGAGAAGGGAGAGAUUUGUGCUGUUUUUGCUUUAAUGGAGAAUAUAUAUCAUGAAGAGAGAUGGAAGUUUCCC